ACGAGCCGAUGCACUUCUCAGAGGAAUUCAGACAUGCCUCCAUCAUCUCAGACUCAUCUUUGUCCAAGAUGAGCCCCUGCUCCGAGGUGGGGAAACCCUGUAACCCCUGUCUGGAUGCAGCGAAGGCUUGCAACCUCAACGAGACGUGUAAACGCCUACGGUCUAACUACAACACCAUCUGUCGCAAGGCCACGCCCCCACAGUCCUCUGCAGCCAACCAGGAGCCUUGCAGCAGGAAGAGGUGUCAGAAGGCCCUGCGGCAGUUCUUCGAGCGUGUUUCGUGGGAGCUCAGCUACCCGUUGCUGUUCUGCUCGUGCCCGGACCAGGCGUGCGCCGAGCGCCGCCGCCGCACCAUCGUCCCGUCCUGCUCCCACCAGGAGAGGCACAAGCCCAACUGCCUGGAGCUGCGACGCACCUGCCGCUCGGACGCUCUCUGCAGGUCUCGCCUCGCUGACUUCCACAUGAACUGCCAGAUGACGUCGCACACCAUCACCACCUGUCCUCAUGACAAUUACAACGGCUGCCUCAUGUCCUACGUCGGCCUCAUUGGUUCAGACGUGACGCCCAACUACAGCGACAGCAGCCCGUUCAACAUCAGCAUCAGCCUGUGGUGCAGCUGCAGAGGAGCGGGGCCACAGGAGCAGGAGUGCGAGGCCUUCCACCGCGACUUCACGCUCAACACCUGCCUCAAAAACGCCAUCCUGUCAUUUGGCUAUGGUUCUGAGGGGGGGAUGCCUGUAACUGAGCCUCCGUCCAUCUUCCCACUCCCCGCCCAGCCGCCCAUAAUGUCCAAGCCCGCUCCCUCAUUACACGGGAAUGGCAUCAAGCCCAUGGACAGCGCUUGUAUGUUCUCCACUUGUGCCAACCUGCAGGACGGAGGUCAUAAGUGCAUCCCCUCUGAUGACUUCGAGUGUGAGGAGACUCUGUUGGCCCAGGGGUCAAUAGACUCUCAGGAUUCUGUGGGGCCCAAAAGCAGCGGCGGGCGAUCGGCUCCACUUCUCCACCGCAUCGGUGCAAUGGUGUGCGCAUCGGCACUUCUGCACUACUUCUUAUAAAUGUGAACUUGCACACAUACGCACACACCCAUAAAAAUACACGCACAUUCUUAAAUGUCAAUCAACAAACACCCAAGCAUCCACAACGGCCUUUUCAAGGAGGGAUUGUGGAGAUAAGCCGUCCGUCUGCAGCACGCACACUCACCGUGAGGGGGGAAGGAGGACGAGGCUGCACCACGAGAGGUGGACACGGACAGACUCCUGGGAUCACAGUGACUUUAUUCCCAACGCUCUACGUCUGACUCGCCCCCUCCAGCUUCUUUGGUUCUGAAACAGUUGGACUGAGAAACAGUAAUGCCAACUGUCAGACGGCGGGUCUGUGAGAGAGGGAAAAGGAAUCGGCAAACCGGACAGAUCCUUCUGUGGUGUUUGUCAGCACAAUUUAUCACUCUCCUGGAUCUCUCCUGUGGCAAGAAAUCUAUACGACAUACACGCAACACACACUCCCCUUAGACCUCGUUAGCGGGAAAACAGGGUCCCUACAUGCACACAAACAUUCAUGCUGUGCACCAGUGUGCUUCUGCAGGCCUUUCUCUUCAUUUUGUCAUUUACAUUCUGUACAGAAUUCAUUUAAUGUGGAGUAUGAAAAAAUCCAGUGGAGGAGUGUAUAUUUCUCGUAAGUGUAGAUAUAUAUAUGUAUGUGCGUGUUUGCGUGUGUGUGUCCGGGUGAGUGGAUGUGUGAGAGAGUGUGUGUGUCUAUGUGGAGGCAAAAGGAAGGAAAUGAUUAAAUGUUAGAAUCAAGGGAAAAACAAACCAUGAAAUGUGAUUUCACAGCUUAAAUAUUGUGCUUUGAAUAUAAAGUAAUUCUAAGUAAAAAUAUUGGAGCCACGAGUUAAAAGCUAAUCUUUUAGGUUGAUUUUAAACUUCCUGGAUUUUUCUCGUUAGAGGAAAUUAAAAACCUUAAAUGUUCUCAGACUUUAAGGGAUGCAAGCAGCAAAUACUAUAUGACACAGACCCCCAAAUCUGGUUGUUGUUGGACUUUGCAAGGAACGAUAUUUGUCACUGAUGGUCAUACCUAACGAAGAAAGCAUUGGCGGUAUAACGUAUGAUUAAACCAGUUCAUCUUUGAGCAGUGAUAUCUGUAUAGAUUCCCUCGUGAUCCAUGUCCAUAUCACAUGACCAUUACAAGAGGUAACAAUAAACAGAUGAGCCCUGUCAGUGGUGUAAACAACAGCAUGGAGACAGGACAACAAACGCUGCUCACUUUGUUUUCCAUAGUAUCAACUGUUGGCAACCAAAGUCUGUAUUUAACAAUACAGCAGCUGCUUACAUGUGCAGGAGGAAAGAUGUUGGAAGAACAACGUUGCGAUGGGGAUCAUUUCCAGCAGAACAUGGCUGGUCUUGCCAUAUCUCUUCAUGGUAGUUUUUUCCUGACGCAGAGUUAAAAACAGAUCGCUAGUGCUGCUGUAACCUAAAUGGAGAUCUACAGCAAUCACUGGGGCCAUCUGCAGCCCAAUGUGAAGCAGCACGUCCAAGUUUGAAGCCAAGGUCCUCAGUGAGGAAAAGGUCUGAAAGCCCACCCUCAAGAAGCAUCAAAGCCAUCAUGUCCAAGCUUAUCAUUUCUGUUGUCAGUACCAGCCAAUGAUCUCGAUGCUCAUUGGCUUCUGAAGGACUGCGCUUUAUGUCGACGUCAGAGCGCCAAAAACUUGUCGCAGUCACAGAGAACCAGUAAGCAGAGAUUCAUUGUUAAUGUCUGUGAAACAGUCACAUUAUAAUCAAAAGAGUUGAGCUUCAAUGGAAAGAACAUCAAUGGUUUCUCUGUGACUGAGUUUCUUGAAGAAUUGUUUCAGCCCUACUUGGGUCUCGUGCUCUCGUGCUCAUCUACCAGUCAGCAACAUGAGUUGCUACGUUUCUCCACGUCAUUGGUUGCUUUCACUGACGACCACUUCAGACAGGUAGAACACUGCGAGGGACAUAAUAAAGUGAUGAUUAAAAGUACAUUUGUGAUUCAAGGCAUGUUUGCAGCGGAAGUUGCUGAUGUGGUCUCCAGACUCUGGGAACAUGAAAAGUGCUGUUGCAGAGGAUAUCCUUCAGGGUGAAUGUUCAACCAAGACACAUAAGUUCAGCUGUGCACACCUUUCAGAGUUGUUUAGAAUGUUCAGAUAACUUCUUCCUGUUUGCUUCCAUAAAAGUGUUGAGCACGUGUGUGUAGGUGUGUGUGUGUGUGCGUGUGAGCGUGUACUUUACCUCUGGCCACUGUGUGGGGUAGUUUGUUUUUCUUUUCUUAUGUUUCAUAGAUGCUACUGCAACGUUGUGCUGUGAGAUGGCCAGCAGGUCAGGAUUAAAGAUGGAUGUCAACUCCCAUCCUCAACGUGUUGAAGGAAAAAAAAGAAACCUGUUUCUGUGAUUAUGGUGUGGCCUUAUUUUACCGUUCUAGCUCAUUUGCAAAGAGGGAAAUGUGAUGAUUUCUGCCCUGCUAACAGCUUGGAAAAGAGAUGCCAGAUGUUGAACACUUUUCUCCGUACGGUUCUCCAAACUAGUCAGAUUACCAAUAAAUUUGGUAAAGUUGUGAAUAUAAUGAUCUCAACAUGUGAAAUUCAGAUAACUUUGUCCAUUCUAGGAGCACCGUUUUCAGGAUGGAUAUUUCAUUGGCCGACAUUGAUAUGACAGGAUAUUUUUUUAAUGUAGAUACAUUAUUUUUCAAUUUUAAUGAAAAACUAAAAAUGAACCAUCGUUUUAACAAAGUAAUAUUUAUCUCAAAUGUGGUCCCCACGAGAAGCAGCCUUCCAGAUUCAGACAAACUUGGUGGUCUUCCUCAUCAGGCUGAAAAAAAGGGAAACUUUAAAUUUGGUGAAUUUAACGAUGAAACAAAAUUGAUUUAUUUAUCCCCUGAACUUUUAAAAAGCACUUUUGUCAGGGCAAAUGUGGGAUUUUUACCAGCAGUUUCAAAAUGAAACUUGCAGAGAGUCUGAAAUCUGACCAGUAGCUUACAUUAAAUAAUAGUAGCCUCCUUUGCAGCAGAUGAAGUCUUUCUGUUCAAGAUAAUGGGCUGAAUUAUGAAUUCUGUGCAAAAGAUAAAAGAACCAUUUUAAAGGAAGUAUCUUCACAAUAUUAACUGUCUUUACUGUUGUUUUUUAUAUGUAAAAAAAAAUCCUUUACAGCUUUGAUGACAUUCCUCACACCUCCAGCAGUUAAAUAUUUGAUAUGCACAACAUUCGUUGCAAGAAAUGUCCAAAUGAGUGAGUCAUGGUCCCCACAGGAGUCAUCCUUAUUAAAACAGUAAAAAUUAAAUGCAGGUAGAUUUUUUUCUGCUUCAUUGAUCUCAUUGAUUUAGAUUAUAGUCAUCAGUUUCCACAAUGCUUUUAUUUUGAAGUUGACUGGUGGGUAUCAACUGCGGCAGGUUUCCAUUCACGGGGGUCUGGAUUUGUUUGUUAGCCAUUGGCCUGUACAGGAAUCUCCCCACUGCAAGAGUUCCCAGGAACUUAAACGUGACAGAGACAACUCCCUGGCUUGAUACGUUGGUCCGGCUCCAUUUAACUGCCGGUGUGUAAGCUGUUGUUUGCUCUGUGCUGACUGGGUAUAUCGGACAAGAGGUGUUUUACAGCCCUCUCAAUGUCACCUGGAGUUGGAGAUUAUUUUCACUGUCACGAUGUGGUGUUGAUAGGACCCAAAUGCAGGAGAGACCAGGAGGCAGGAGUUACAAAAGAUGUGAUUUAUUGACAAAAAUAAACCAAAGGCACUGCAGAGCAGGGUUAACGAAAAACACAAGAGCAAGAAUCCAAAACCAUGACAGGACACAAGUUGGGUGGAAACAGCACGGAGCAGCAGGGAGCAAGAGAAAGACAAGACCAGAUAUACAGAGAAGAGUUAACGAGAAACAGGUGCAGACGAUCAGGGCAGAUGGGAACAUGAAAAGUCAAAACAGAACUGAAAC